AUGUCUCACCCUUCGUCCUCCGGUAGCCAGGAGACUACUUCAUACGACGAGCCUGCAAUGACGAACGACAGUACAAGGACAGACAGGGGCUCGCCCGUGCCUGACUUACCUGACGUUUCAGAGUCUAACGACUCACCCUCAGACACUCAGAGUGACUCAACCAACCUUGACCAAGAUCUACUGGGAUUCGGGGCCCAGUUCGAUGAUAAGAAAUAA